AUGAUGCAUCAUUGUUAAAUAUAUAUUUUUGGUUCCUAAAAUAUUUACCUUUUGCUUGUUGUGAUGGAUAUAAUAACACUCGUAUGGUUGCCUAAUGUUAAAGUUAGAUUUUUUGUGUUUUAAUUAGUUUUAUUACUUUAUUUUUGUGUGUUAAAUUUAAAGGUCUAAAGUUAAAAGACCACUUUUUUUAUAUAUAGAUAAAAUAUAAAAAUAUCACCGCUCACUAGUAAGUCGUCACUUGGUAGUUGACUCGGAGGGGUGCUAUGUUCAAGUGGGUAGACCUGGAUUGGGGGAGCCACGAGCUGGGCUCAAUUGGUGAAGGACUCAUUUCACACUUGUGUGUCACUCCCUUGCCACAUCUCGGUGGCCAACCGAUUGUGGAGUAAGGAGUGUCGUUGAUAAGUCUUUAUUAUCAUAA